UGGCAGUCUCACUUUUGGUCUCGCUUCAACAUCACGCCACUUUUGCCAACGUGUAGUUGCGGACAAAGGGGAAAAGGACCCUCGUUCAAGUGGAAGGGGAACGUACGUAAAAAUUUCAGUCAGUUCCGUAUUCGACCAGCCGAAAGUUGCGUGGUGCACAAACAGCCAGCGCAGCCGUGAGGUGCAGCCGCCAGUGCAGCGCAGGGGCCGAAAUCCAAGCCAGAGACUCGCUGGGGAAAAAUGUUUCGGCUCGAGGGCCAAAGGAUUUUGUCGCCGGCGCAGCUGAAACGGCUCUCGGAACACAAAUACAGCUGUGCCAGUGAGUCGCUGAUCGACCCUAUUCUGCAGCCCUACUGGAACAAACUGACCAGCUGCCUACCCUUGUGGCUGGCGCCUAACCUGAUCACCGUCGCAGGGUUGAUCGUCAACAUUCUCACCACACUGGUACUCGUGUGGUACUGUCCAGACGCCAAAGCGGAGCCACCUCGUUGGGGAUGCUUCUUGUGUGCCCUGGGCCUAUUCAUUUACCAAAGUCUGGACGCCGUCGAUGGCAAACAAGCAAGAAGAACAGGAAGUUCGAGUCCACUGGGCGAGUUGUUUGACCACGGCUGUGACUCAAUAUCAACUGUUUUUGUUGCUCUUUCUGCGUGCAUAGCUGUCCAGUUGGGGGAAAAGCCAGGAUGGAUGCUUUUCCAGUGCUUUACAGGGAUGACCAUGUUCUACUUUGCUCAUUGGCAAACCUACGUCUCAGGUACACUGAAAUUCACCAAAGUUGAUGUAACAGAGGCUCAGUGUUCAAUUAUGGGCAUUCACUUGAUAUCAGCCAUCUUUGGUUCAAGUAUAUGGACAACGAAGAUUCCAGUAGUUAAUUUGGAGAUUUUUUACCUAAUGAUCUUAUUCAGUCAGAUGUGUUGUGGUGCUGCAUUUAUUCAAGGAGUCUACAUAAUUCUCACCGGCGGUUGCGGCAGAAACGGCUCCACUGUUGCAGGCACCAGUGUUCUUUCUCCAGUCAUCCCAUUUGGACUUGUGGUGGUUCCAGCUGUUGUCAUUAGUGCCAUGAGUACACAGAAUGUGUACGAAGAAAAUCCGUGCUUGUACAUUCUCGCGUUUGGAAUGGUCAUUGCGAAAGUCACCAACAGACUUGUGGUCGCACAUAUGACUAAGAGUGAGAUGGAAUACUUGGAUUCAGUCCUCAUGGGCCCCUUGAUGCUCUUCCUCAACCAGUACUUCAAAUCUUUCCUGCCUGAGUACUAUGUACUCUGGGGUUGCAUGCUUUGGGCCACAUUUGACUUGCUGAGGUACUGUCGGCAAGUGUGUCUCGAGAUUUGCGACUACUUGCACAUAGAGUUGUUUCGCAUCAAGCCAACGCUUGUUGGUAAAGACGGUGAGAAAAAUGGUAUGGGAAUCAGGGGCCCUCAGGCCAGACCCCCUAUUGGCAGCAGGUCUGCCAGACAGCACCACUAACACCCGCUUCCCUGUACCAAUGACUUAAGUGUUGUUCGUGUAAUGCCAAAGGUUCUACUCUCCACACAAACACAUAAAACACCUCUAAUACAGCUGUACUACAUGUUAAUUUUUCUGGGUUGGCUCAACUUUUCAGCCUACUAUUUUUGUUAAUGUAUAUUUUUUUGUAGACAAAGAUUGAUUUUGCAAGUCAGACCUUAUUGAUAAUACAUUGGUAGAAAUUUUCUCUGAAAUCGGAAUGCCGUCGAUAGAAGAGUCGUUUUUAAAGCAUUUUUAGUUUUAGUCGUGAUCUGCGAUAGAUAUAUGCAGACUAUAUUUUAACCGUGCUAAAUGCAGGGAAGUGGAUUUAAUGGUAAAUAAUAUUCUGCGAAUAUCUAUGGGUUUGUAGUUAAAUUAACAAAGACGGCUAAGGCCAAGCUGGUUAUUGUCCGUGGUAUUUAACUAUUGUAAAAUGGGGCUCCUGCGGAUUUGAAUAAUUUUUGGAAUCAGGUCUGAAAUUAGCUUUGACAAGUUUGUAAAUUUUAUGUGAUACAUGUUUAAUGCAAAAUGAGUGUUUUCCAUACACUUUGGAGUGUUGAAUGGGCUUAUAGAAAGUUUCGCUUUUAAUUUUAACAAGACAAAAUGCAAAGACGUUCAAAGUGAUUUAUAUCAAUUUUCAAUUUGUCGGGAUAAUUGCACGACUAAGAAAUUCAGCAAUCCUGCUUGCAAUUGAGGCAGAAACUGAGCUUUUUGAUAUGAAAAUACACAACACACAAAUGAUAAAUAAUUAUGCUGUACUAGUGCCAGUUCUGUCGCUAUUGUGUUAUUUAAAGAAAUAGCUGUUCUCUGUCUGAUGCGUUUUUCGGAGCUGAUGUUAGUGUUUAGUUGUUAUUUAGUUAAUUUAACCAGAGAUGUAAUUGGAAACAAAGAAAUAAAUAAAAUUGGUUUUCUAUUGUAUACAAUAUUUCUCCAAAUUGUUGCUUACCUUGCUUUUAACCCGGUUUGGGUGGUGAGAGAUAUAUUUAUUCUGCUUUCUGUGCUUUUUAUGGUGCUUUGAGUUCUACCUGGGCUUCACAGACUAUCUCACUCGUCAAAAGAAAUAUUUAUAUAGCCAUAAGUAAAAUUUAUGGAGGCCACUGAAUUAUUUUAAUUCUUCU